AUGACUACUUUUGCUACGAUUAUAGAAAAGAUCGAGAAUAAACUUGUAGGGUGGAAGGAACAAUUGCUUUCACAAGGUGGCAAAGAAAUUCUAAUCAAAGUAGCAAUGAUGGCCAUUCCUAUUUUUGCUAUGUCAUGCUUCAAGUUGCCCUUAUCCCUUUGUCAUCAAAUUAACACACUAGUAGCAAACUUUUGGUUGGGGAACAAGGUGGAUGAGGGAAAGCAAUACUGGGUGGCAUGGGAUAAAGUGUGCACCUUGAAGCUUAAAGGUGGUAUAGGGUUUAAGAAUUUGGAAUCCUUCAACUAUGUGCUUUUGGUGAAACAAGGGUGGAAAAUAUUAUCCAACCCAGAUUCCUUAUCGUCCAAAGUUUUGAAAGGGUGUUAUUUUCCCUACAUGUCCUUCUUUAAAGCCCAAAGGCACAACCAAUCCUCUUAG